GAAAUCGAGCACCUGUGGGAGUGAACAACUUCAGUGGUCACGUGACGGGGUGGGCUGAAAAAUUUACGUCCGCCAUUUUGACGAAGAGUGACAGUGUCGUUUGUCGAGAUUCAAUACAAUGUCUUGGUGGGAGUAGUAUAAGGUAACACAACCACACUGGCAGUAUGGCUCAGACUAGUGCUGUCAGUUCACCCCCAGGCUCUGGGUCACACAUGUCCUCACCGCCAGGAUCCAGACCCCUUGUAUCUAUAGCCCCAGCGCCUCAGUCAAAACCAUCGAGUGUACUUAUUCAAUUCAAUCAGAACCUACCUGGGUCCCAGCUGGAGGAUAGUGGUGCAGUGGUACAAGAACAUGAAGUGUCAGACACAGACAAGACUGCAAUAUACAAACACCCCCUGUUCCCUCUGCUGGCUUUAUUAUUUGAAAAAUGUGAGCAAGCUAGCCAAUCUGCAGAAUGUCCAUCAAGUGAGAGUUUUGAUGUAGACAUCCAGUCUUUUGUUCACCACCAAGAGAGGGAGAAAAGACCAUUCUUAUGUGAUGAUCCAGAUCUGGACUGCUUGAUGCUGAAAGCCAUUCAAGUGUUACGUAUUCAUCUCCUAGAGUUGGAGAAAGUAACGGACCUAUGCAAGGACUUUUGUACCCGAUACAUAUCCUGCCUUAAAGGCAAACUUCAAAGUGAAAAACUGCUCCAUGUUGAAGGAUACGAUGGGGAUGAUAUGGACUUUAGUGAAAGCCAUGAGAAAGAGUUGGACUCUAAUGCUAACAAUACUCCAGUAGGUGCCCCAGCUACACCUCUAUCCCUCCAACCAGGCCAAAUUGUGUCUGGGGGAACGGUAUAUCAAAUGGUUAACACACCCCAGGGCCUGGUUGCUCAACCUAUUCAGAUCCAGUCACAGCAGGUGACAGGUAGUGUCUCUGUGGGUCACGUUGUACAUGGGAGCACCCCCUUGUCUCAGAUAGGCAUCCCACCAACACCCACCAGCACAACUCACUCUACAGCCACUACACCCUCCCCAUUAACCCCCUCCACCCCAAGUGCCUCCUCAUUCUUUGAGGAUGAAGACUAUGAAGGAAAGAACAGCAAAACCAAGCGUGGAAUCCUCCCAAAACAAGCCACUAAUGUCAUGAGGUCCUGGCUAUUUCAGCACAUUGUGCAUCCUUACCCAACAGAAGAUGAAAAGCGACAAAUUGCAGCUCAGACAAACCUUACUCUGCUUCAAGUGAACAACUGGUUCAUCAAUGCAAGAAGGAGGAUUCUACAACCAAUGUUGGAUGCCAGCAAUCCGGAUCAAAUCCGUGCAAAGAAAAAGACUCAAAACCGCCAGGUUCAAAGGUUUUGGCCUGAAAGUAUUGCCAGUAUCCAGCCUCAGACAACAGCAGCAGGUGUAGCUCCCCAACCCCCAGCAGGCCAGGUGGUGUCCUCUGCAUCUGACCCCUCUCGCCUUAUCGUGCCUGUCCCACAUGGAACAUUGAUUAGCACUGAUGGUCGGCAUAUACUUACAAAUACACAGCCAGUGAGUACCACAGCAACCAACCAAGUCACCAUGGUAACUGAAUCUCCACUUCUCAGUCAAGCACAGGCUGUCUCUUCAUCACCGCCUAUCACAAAUAUAGAGGGCGCUGGGAGUACACAUAGUAACGAUGGUCAGCCACUAAUCAAGGUCACCGACCAGGACUUUAAAUUGACAUCAAAAGAGGAGGUACAGGAUACCCAUGAUGCAACAGAUACUGGUGCUGUGGCGGAUUAACUACAUGAUGAAAUUCACUCCCAGAAACCUAGCAUGUGAUGGAAUUUAUUAAAGUUGAUCUUUGACAAAACGCCAUAAUGAAAUAUAUGCCCAGGAGAUUAUAUUAGUACGACUGAACUGACAUUGUUCAUGAAGUUUGGAAUGGAGAACUGAUGAAGUGCCUCAUACGUAUAUUCUGAGAUUCUUUUACGCUAUACAUAUAAAGACAGUAUGGGAUUCAGACACUGUUGUGUAAAGAUUAGAAGACAUAUUUGAUGAUGGAUUACAGGGUAUUACAGUAGAAUAGGUUACAGGUUAAAGGAUUGUUCAUUUUCAGUCAAUUCAAUUUUAUCGCACCAUUGUGCUAUAGAUUUGCAUAAUUAAAUUUGAAGUUUAAAAAAGAAGAUAAUUGCAUUCAGAAAGCUAUCCAAGUUGCAAAUUUUGAAUUUCUCAUUAUUUUAUCAAAUAUUUAACUGCUUUCUGUAUCUGCUUUUUGAUCAUUUACAACCAUAGCUCUUUUGUUACAAUAUUUUACAAUAUGUGUUUUUGUUACACUAUAAAUCAUGAUAAUUAUAUCCUUUGACAUGACUUUUAUCGAGCUUUUUGAGUAUUUUAUGUGACAAAUAGAUUGACAGGAAUUUGUAUACUUUCAUUGGCUUACAUGAUGAGCCCUAUUGAAUAGACCAAAUCGUGAUAGUUCAAAAAAACGAUGAUGUUCUAACCUCUUGUCUUGAAGAGCUCUCAUUCUGAGUAGUUUUUUUACAUCCGGGUUCUUUCCUAUUGGAAUAUACAGGGACUGAUUUUGAAUGGAAUAUUUCAGCUCUAUUUGACAUUCCUCUUUGCAUUUAUUUGCACAUUCGAUAAAAUUUUUUGAGUCUGACACACUGCAAAGGUUUCUCAUGAAUAUCUUUUGAAACUAACAAUAAUCAUGAAAUGCAUUACUCUGACAUCACUGACUUCAUUCUCGGGAGCUGAGGGACUCAAUAUUAAACAAGAAGUUCGGGUAUUUAAUUCGAGUUUUUAUGUAUGUAUAA